AUGGUUCUUUGGUACAAGAAUCAGCACAUAUUCAAUCAUGAUUUUACCACUGUAUCGCUUGCUUACCUGAACCGGUAUCCUAAUCCGUAUUCCACUCACGUUCUAUCGAUAGACACUCUCAACAGACAUAUUGACAAAGAUGGCAAACUACACCAAACGAAACUUAUCACCAAGACCGGAAGACUACCACAGUGGGUAAAGCCCUUUCUGGGCAAGAUCUCUCAUUCUAACAUUUUGGAAAUGACUGAGAUCGACCCUGUGUCUCAGACAAUGAAUACGUACACCCGAAAUUUGGACCAUACAAGGAUCAUUCGGAUUGAAGAAUACACAACCUUCCAAUAUGACAAAGAAUGUCAAACCACCACAUGCAAGAGUAAAGUUAAGUUUUCCAGCGGAUUCAGAGGAUUUGGGGUCAAGAAUCGUAUUGAAAAAUGGUCACAUAGUAAAUUUGAUGAGAAUAUUAGUAAGUCCAGGCAAGGGUUGAAAUUUGUCAUGGAGAACAUCAAGUACAGGUUGAAUAAUAGAACCUUGUCCAAUAUUUAA